CCGUGCUCAUCUCUAAUACCACUCGGUCCGGUCUCGCCUCGCCUCCUUGUCCCCCUACCUCCGCCACCAUGGUGAAGGAGCAGUUCAGGGAGACGGACGUGGCCAAGAAGAUAAGCCACAUCUGCUUUGGGAUGAAGUCUCCUGAGGAGAUGCGCCAGCAGGCCCACAUCCAGGUGGUUAGCAAGAACUUGUACAGCCAGGACAACCACCAUGCCCCGCUGCAGUAUGGGGUUCUGGACCAUCGCAUGGGUACCAGUGAAAAGGACCGUCCAUGUGAAACAUGUGGGAAGAAUCUUGCUGACUGUUUGGGGCAUUAUGGCUACAUUGACUUGGAACUGCCAUGUUUCCAUGUUGGCUACUUCAAAGCUGUGAUAGGUAUCUUACAGAUGAUUUGCAAAACCUGUUGCCGCAUUAUGCUGACCUCAGAAGAAAAAAAACAGUUUUUGGAUUAUUUGAAGAGACCUGGCUUGACAUAUCUCCAGAAACGAGGACUGAAAAAGAAAGUCUCUGAAAAGUGCAGAAAGAAAAGUAUCUGUCCUUACUGUGGGGCUUUUAAUGGUACUGUGAAGAAAUGUGGUUUAUUGAAGAUAAUCCAUGAGAAGUACAAGACCAAUAAGAAAGUGGUGGAUCCAGUUGUAUCCAAUUUCCUUCAGUCUUUUGAAGCUGCCAUAGAAAAUAACAAAGAAAUAGAAUCCUUGCUGGGGAGAGCUCAGGAGAACUUGAACCCUUUAAUAGUGCUAAACCGCUUUAAAAGGAUCCCAGCAGAAGAUAUCCCUCUGCUUCUGAUGAACCCAGAGACAGGAAAGCCUUCAGAUUUGAUUCUGACACGACUCUUGGUGCCUCCUUUGUGUAUUCGACCAUCUGUAGUGAGUGACUUGAAGUCUGGUACCAAUGAAGAUGACUUGACAAUGAAACUGACAGAAAUUAUUUUCCUUAAUGAUGUAAUAAAAAAGCAUAGGAUAUCGGGAGCCAAAACACAGAUGAUAAUGGAAGACUGGGACUUCCUACAGCUGCAGUGUGCUCUCUACAUUAACAGCGAGCUCUCUGGAAUUCCCCUUAACAUGGCACCUAAGAAAUGGACCAGAGGAUUUGUCCAAAGGCUGAAAGGGAAGCAGGGUCGGUUUAGAGGCAACCUGUCUGGAAAGCGAGUGGACUUCUCAGGCAGAACAGUUAUCUCCCCUGAUCCUAAUUUACGAAUAGACGAGGUGGCAGUACCUGUUCAUGUUGCCAAAAUAUUAACAUUUCCUGAAAAAGUGAACAAAGCAAACAUAGAUUUCUUGAGGAAACUUGUUCGCAAUGGUCCUGAGGUUCACCCUGGAGCCAACUUCAUUCAGCAAAGGCACACACAGAUGAAAAGAUUUUUGAAAUAUGGCAACCGAGAGAAGAUGGCUCAGGAGCUGAAGUUUGGGGACAUAGUGGAACGACAUCUUAUAGAUGGGGAUAUAGUAUUGUUCAACCGACAGCCCUCUCUCCACAAGCUGAGCAUCAUGGCUCACAUAGCUAGAGUCAAACCACACAGGACUUUCAGGUUUAAUGAAUGUGUCUGUACACCAUACAAUGCAGAUUUUGAUGGAGAUGAGAUGAACCUUCAUCUUCCCCAAACAGAAGAGGCCAAAGCAGAAGCACUUGUUCUGAUGGGGACCAAAGCAAACUUAGUAACUCCAAGAAAUGGAGAGCCUCUCAUUGCUGCUAUACAAGAUUUUCUUACAGGUGCCUAUCUGCUUACACUAAAAGACACCUUUUUUGAUAGAGCCAAAGCCUGUCAAAUUAUUGCUUCUAUCCUGGUUGGCAAGGAUGAGAAGAUUAAAGUUCGCCUUCCACCCCCAGCAAUCCUAAAGCCUGUAACCCUCUGGACAGGAAAGCAGGUCUUCAGCCUCAUUCUCAAACCUAGUGAUGACUGUCCUGUAAAAGCCAACCUCCGGACCAAGGGCAAACAGUAUUGUGGCAAAGGGGAAGACUUGUGUACUAAUGAUUCUUAUGUUACAAUCCACAAUAGUGAGCUGAUGAGUGGCAGCAUGGACAAAGGAACUUUAGGAUCUGGAUCCAAGAACAAUAUCUUUUACAUUUUGCUGAGGGACUGGGGUCAGGUAGAAGCUGCAGAUGCUAUGUCACGAUUAGCCAGGCUUGCACCUGUCUAUCUCUCUAAUCGUGGAUUCUCAAUUGGGAUUGGUGAUGUCACCCCAGGCCAGGGACUGCUAAAAGCCAAAUAUGAACUUCUGAAUGCUGGCUAUAAGAAAUGUGAUGAAUACAUUGAAGCUUUAAACACUGGCAAACUGCAGCAGCAGCCUGGCUGUACUGCGGAAGAAACCUUAGAGGCUUUAAUUCUUAAAGAGCUCUCUGUUAUCAGAGACCAUGCUGGCAGUGCCUGUCUCAGAGAAUUGGACAAGAGUAACAGUCCCCUUAUCAUGGCUCUCUGUGGUUCUAAAGGUUCCUUUAUUAAUAUAUCCCAGAUGAUUGCCUGUGUAGGGCAGCAGGCUAUCAGUGGGUCACGAGUGCCUGAUGGAUUUGAAAAUCGGUCUCUACCUCACUUUGAGAAGCAUUCCAAGCUUCCAGCAGCAAAAGGUUUUGUUGCCAAUAGUUUCUAUUCUGGCCUGACUCCUACAGAGUUUUUCUUCCACACCAUGGCUGGUCGGGAAGGUCUUGUUGAUACAGCUGUAAAAACAGCCGAAACUGGAUAUAUGCAGAGGCGGCUGGUGAAAUCACUUGAGGAUCUUUGCUCUCAGUAUGACCUGACUGUUAGAAGCUCUACUGGUGACAUUGUUCAGUUCAUUUACGGAGGAGAUGGUUUAGAUCCAGCAGCCAUGGAAGGGAAGGAUGAGCCCUUGGAGUUCAAACGGGUUCUGGACAAUAUCAGAGCGGUUUAUCCAUGUCAGAGUGAACCAGCUCUUAGUAAAAAUGAAUUGGUAUUAACUGCUGAGUCCAUCAUGAAAAAGAAUGAAUUCCUCUGCUGCCAAGACAGUUUUUUACAGGAGAUUAAAAAAUUCCUCAAAAGUAUUUCUGAAAAGAUCAAGAAAACCAGGGACAAGUAUGGUAUUAAUGACAAUGGCACAACAGAGCCACGUGUUUUGUACCAAUUGGAUCGAAUUACCCCAACACAACUAGAGAAGUUUCUAGAGACUUGUAGAGACAAAUAUAUGAGGGCACAGAUGGAGCCUGGGUCUGCAGUUGGAGCACUAUGUGCUCAGAGUAUUGGUGAGCCUGGCACACAGAUGACCCUGAAGACUUUCCACUUUGCUGGUGUUGCUUCCAUGAACAUCACUCUGGGUGUACCACGAAUCAAAGAAAUUAUUAAUGCCUCCAAAGCAAUUAGCACACCUAUUAUCACAGCACAGUUGGAUAUAGAUGAUGAUUCAGAUUUUGCCCGUCUGGUUAAGGGAAGAAUUGAGAAAACCUUAUUAGGAGAGAUAUCAGAGUACAUCGAAGAAGUGUUUCUUCCAGAUGACUGCUUUAUUCUGGUCAAGCUGUCUUUGGAGCGGAUCAGAUUGCUGAGACUAGAGGUGAACGCAGAGACUGUACGAUACUCUAUUUGCAUAUCAAAGCUAAGAGUAAAGCCAGGAGAUGUUGCUGUUCAUGGAGAGGCAGUUGUGUGUGUGACCCCUCGUGAGAACAGCAAGAGUUCAAUGUAUUAUGUCUUGCAGUCCCUGAAAGAAGAGCUGCCAAAGAUUGUAGUGCAGGGUAUCCCAGAGGUGUCUCGAGCUGUCAUUCACAUUGAUGAACAGAGUGGAAAGCAGAAAUACAAGCUUCUGGUGGAAGGUGAUAACCUACGAGCUGUCAUGGCCACCCAUGGAGUCAAAGGAACUAAGACAACAUCUAAUAAUACUUAUGAGGUUGAAAAAACACUGGGCAUUGAAGCUGCUCGAUCUACUAUUAUCAAUGAGAUUCAGUACACUAUGGUAAACCAUGGUAUGAGCAUUGAUAGGAGGCAUGUUAUGCUGCUCUCGGAUCUGAUGACAUACAAGGGUGAAGUCCUUGGCAUUACUAGGUUUGGGUUAGCAAAGAUGAAGGAAAGCGUGCUAAUGCUGGCAUCUUUUGAAAAGACUGCAGACCAUCUCUUUGAUGCUGCCUACUUUGGACAGAAAGAUUCUGUGUGUGGUGUUUCAGAAUGCAUCAUCAUGGGGAUUCCGAUGAAUAUCGGAACUGGACUUUUCAAACUGCUGCACAAAGCAGACAAAGAAUCAACUCCUCCUACCAGGCCUCUGAUCUUUGAUAGCAAUGAAUUCCAUAUUCCCAUUAUCGCAUAGCACCUGGGCACAGCCCAGAAUAGUAAGAAGCUGGGAUAUCUUUUAAGCCAAAGUGUAUGAAUCUCAACUCUGUAUCCGAAAUAAGUUUAAGACCUGCAACUUGGUACAUGGAAGAUCACAAAAGUUGGCUGAGUUUUUUCGUUACCAGUUGCAAUACAGACUACUUUUAAAGGAGUUAUUUCUCUAUACUACAGAGAAGUAAAUACUGAUCUGAAAUGAUUUUCAAUUUGACUGCACUUUGUUCUUAAUAAGCAAGAAUUUUCCAUGCUACAAAAAUAAUACAAGUUGUAUACUACAAAAAAAAUAAAAGUAGUAAUACAUGGGCUGGAAGACCAUAGGAAUUGUUAAUCCCUGACAUAAAUAACAAGGCAGUGCAGCAGGCAGUUGUUUUCCUGUUUUCUGCACCAUCACAAGUAAAACAUCCACUUUCUUAUACUUUCUCAGCUUCUUGAUACAGGGAGAUGAAGCAUUUCCAAUACA